CUCCUUUCCUUCCCUCCUCCCCUCCCUCCUGUCUCCGGAUCUCCCUCAAUCCCACUCUCCUCCUCUUCCUCUCUCCUCCUCCCUCCGGACGCCAGGCUCCUCCGCACCCCCUCCCCUGGGAACCCCGCUGGCUACUGUUUCUUCACUUUCGUAGUUUUCCCCUUUCUCUGCUUUCCGUCUUCUCCCUCUUUCCCUCUGUCUUCACCCUCAGCUCCUUUGCCCAUCUCUGUGUCCCACCUCUCCCCCUCUACUUCCUCUCCGCCCACCCCCAGUCUCACCCCCAGGGCCUCUGGAGCCUCUCCUUCCUGUUCUCUGGCCCCAGCGCUCCGCACCCUUACCUCAACGCGGUCAUGGCCACCAUCCCAGACUGGAAGCUACAGCUGCUAGCCCGGCGACGGCAGGAGGAGGCAGCCCUUCGUGGCCGGGAGAAGGCAGAGCGGGAGCGUCUGUCCCAGAUGCCAGCCUGGAAGCGGGGGCUCCUGGAGCGCCGCCGGGCCAAGCUUGGUCUGUCUCCUGGGGAGCCUAGCCCUACACCUGGGACUACAGAGGCUGGACCUCCAGACCCAGACGAGUCGGCUGUCCUCCUAGAGGCCAUUGGGCCAGUGCACCAGAACCGAUUCAUUCGGCAGGAGCGCCAGCAGCAGCAGCAGCAGCAGCAGCAGCAGCAGCAGCAGCAGCAGCAGCGUAAUGAAGAACUACUUGCAGAAAGAAGGCCCGGGACUUUGGAGGCCAGGGAGCAGAGACCCAGCCCUGGGGAGAUGCGGGAUCAGAGCCCCAAGGGAAGAGAGUCGAGAGAAGAUCGGCUCAGUCCCAGGGAGGCCAGAGAGAAGAGGAUAGGGGGAGCCCGAGAGUCGAGCCCCAGGCCUUUAGAGGCUUGGGACUGGAGGCAGAGCCCAGGAGAGGCUGGAGACAACAGCUCCAGACUGUCAGAAGCGCGGAAAUGGAGGCUGAGCCCGGGAGAAACUCCAGAGUGGAGUCUGAGACUGGCAGAGCCUGGAGAACAAAGCCCGAGGAGAAAAGAGGUGGUGGAAAGUAGACUGAGCCCAGCGGAGUCUGACAACCAGAAGAUGGGCCUGACAGAGGCCCAUAAAUGGAGGCCCGACUCUGGAGAGUCUCAGGAACAGAGUUUGGUACAACUGGAGAUAUCAGAGUGGAGGCCGAGCUUAGAAAAAAGAAAAGACUGCUCAGAGGAAUGUGGGAGAAAAGAGAGGCCAAUUCCAACGCUGGCCUCAGAAGAGAUUACAGAGCUGUCAGAGACCCUGAGUAGGGAGGCUCCAGACAGCAGCUCUGGAGAAGUGGAGGCAGCAGAACAAAGGCGUAGCCCUGUGCAGGAUGGUGAGAGGGGACUGAGGCUGACAGAAGGAUGGAAAUGGACUCUGAAUUCUGGGAAGGUUCGAGAAUGGACACCCAGGGACACAGAGACUCAAAUUCAGAAACCAGUCCCCCCAGAGUCUGCUGAGAAGUAUCUGGGGCCCUUUGGUACAGAGGCUGGAGAAGGCGAGGCUGAGAAGGAGAAGGCGGGGGCUCUGGGCAGGCCUUUGAGAACCCUGCAGAACUGCAGCUCUGUGCCCUCCCCCUUCCCACCAGAGGACGCUGGGACUGGAGGCUCUAGAGGGCAGGAAGAGGAAGCAGUGCAACCCCGGCCCCCACCAGCAGCCCCUCUGUCUCCCCCACCCCCAGCCCCACCUGCCCCCCAGUCCCCUGGGGAUCCCCUCAUGAACCGACUGUUCUAUGGGGUGAAGGCAGGGCCAGGGGUGGGGGCCCCUCGCCGCAGUGGACACACCUUCACAGUCAACCCCCGGCGGUCCCUGCCCCCUGCAGCCCCCACCACUCCUCCGGCCACCCCAGCCACAGCUGAUGUUGCAGUCCCCGGACCUGGGAAGAAGCGGUACCCAACUGCUGAGGAGAUCUUGGUUCUGGGGGGCUACCUCCGUCUCAGCCGCAGCUGCCUUGUCAAGGGGUCCCCUGAAAGGCAUCACAAACAGCUCAAGAUCUCCUUCAGCGAGACAGCAUUGGAGACCACGUAUCAAUACCCCUCUGAAAGUUCAGUGCUGGAGGAGCUGGGCCCAGAGCCUGAGGCUCCCAGUACCCCCAGCCCCCCAGCGGCCCAACCCGAUGACGAAGAGGAUGAGGAAGAGUUGUUGCUGCUACAACGGGAGCUCCAGGGCGGCCUGCGCACCAAGGCCCUGAUCGUGGAUGAGUCCUGCCGGAGGUGACCCUCUUCCAACAUAGGGUCUAUACCUUCCCCUUUCCCAGAACUGAAGAUCCUGGAGCCCAGAAGAUUGAGAACAGAGAAACCCUGAACAUGAGCUUGGAAGGGAAGGCAACUGACAUCUUCCAACUUGCUUUCCUCAUCCUGUUUAUAGGGGCAGAGUAGUUACCCAGUUUCCACAUUCACCAAAGGUCUCUGAUGUGAGUGCAUCAGACAUGCUGGUGCACCCUGGGUGAUUCAAGAGUGAGCAUCAAGUCCUGGGGAGGAGCACAGAGCUCAUGGGGGUGAGGGGUUGGGGGAGGGAGAUGAAGCACCUCUUACAUCUCCAUGGACAGAGUACACUCUCCAGCCUUCCUUUACUCCCCACCACCCCUUGAGGGCUCUUACAGUUUAAACACUCAUCCUGGGCAGCCUGCCCCCAUUCUAUUUACAGGCCCCUCUCCUUCCUGUUCCUUAGGUCACUGCCCCUUUGUUUACAGCUCCUGCCACCUCCCUUGACCACCAGCCUGGUUUACAAACCCCACUAGCUCCCAGCCCUACCUGCCAAAGUCCCAGGUUUACAACCACACCUACAUGUUGAGUCUAUGUGGAAUCCUCUCCCCUGUGCCUGGCAGCUGCCUCAUUGGGGGUGUGGCUUCUUCCACUUUUGCUCAGUCUGUACCUCUGUUUUCCCCAAGAGGAAAGUCUGGGAAUCCUAACCCUAACCUUGUACCCCCAUUUAGUUAUUUAAUUCUGUUCCUCCUAGUGGUUCACAAUUGAAUUGCAAGGGUGUGGAGUGACAAUGCACCUCAACUCUUCUCUCCCAUUUCUCCUUCCUUAUCAACUGCCUGUUUGGUUUUUUUUUUGUUGUUUGUUUGUUUGUUUUGAAGUUUUCCAUAAUAAAAUGGAGAUCUCUCCAA